AUUCACGUCGGAUACAAACAUGUGCAGGAGGACGACGCGCAGCUUGCUGAGGAUUCAUUUGGCCUUUGUUCUGUUCUGUUCUUGUUGCUGCCCGGCGGCGUACGGACAGCUCUCUUACACUGUUUUCGAGGAGGUAAAGGCGGGCACUUUUGUUGGAAACGUAGCCAAGGAUUUAAACCUAAACGUCCACGAGUUGGAGGAGCGCACCUUUCAGAUUGUGAGUGGAUCAAAAAGGAAAUAUUUCGAUGUGAACAUGAAGACUGGCUUUCUCUAUGUACGUGAGCGAAUAGACCGCGAGGAGCUGUGUGCUCAGGCUGCAGCGUGCGCCGUCAGUGUGGAGGCGGUCAUCAGCAACCCUUUAAAGCUCUAUCGGCUGGAAAUGAUCAUCGCUGACAUUAACGAUAAUGCGCCGUAUUUCCUUGAGGAGGUUCAGACAAUUAACAUUGCGGAGAAUAGUAUGCUCGGGGGCACUUUUGGUUUCAUUGGUGCGUCGGAUCUCGACGUUGGGAAGAACAGUGUUACUGCAUACAAAAUUAGUCCGAAUGAUUAUUUUUCUCUAGAUUCGCACAAAGGGGGGGAGAGUGUAGCUUCUAAGCUUGUGCUGCAGAAGCCUUUAGAUCGGGAGAAACAAAAUUAUGUUACGCUGACCCUGACUGCAGUGGACGGCGGAAAUCCACCCAAAUCUGCCACGUGUCAAAUUCAGAUUAACGUGUUAGAUAUUAAUGACAAUCCUCCUUUGUUUAGCAGUUCUUUGUCUAAAACACGGAUCGCUGAGAACUCCGAGCUAAAUAAAACCGUCAUCACAUUGAAUGCGUCUGAUGCAGAUGAUGGCUUGAAUGGUGAAAUUGAAUUUUCACUGAGGAGUAAAGGGCAGGAUCAUGUUCUAGAUUUGUUUGAAAUUAAUCCAAAAACAGGUCGAAUUUAUGUCAAAGGAAAAAUUGACUAUGAAGCAAAUUCAGCCUUUGAGAUUCAUGCACAGGCCACUGACAAAGGUCAUCCUCCGAUGUCUACUGAUUGUAAAGUCUUAGUGGAAGUGGAGGACAGCAAUGACAACGCUCCUGAGAUUAGUGUGACGUCACUGCUGCACACAAUCAAGGAGGACGCUGAGGUCGGAACUGCUGUUGCUCUCGUUUCCGUGAUGGACCAGGAUGGAGGGAGCAACGGUGUCGUUCAAGUUGCCAUUGCAAAUAAGACUCCUUUUAAAUUGGACACAAAUUAUAAAAACUAUUAUUCGUUAAUAGUAAACCGGGCGCUGGACAGAGAGACUCAAAGCCACUAUAACAUCACGAUUGUCGCUAUUGACCAAGGCGCUCCACCUCUGUCCAGCACAAGGGGAGUUUAUGUCCAGAUCGCCGAUGUCAACGACAACGCGCCCCGCUUCCCAGAGCCCCUCGUCAACAUUUACGUCCAGGAAAAUAGUCCACCGGGGGCACUCGUACACAAAGUGGCUGCGCUCGAUGACGACAUUGAGCAAAACGGACGCGUGACUUACUCGCUUUUGCAAAGUAGCGGCCAGUCGCCGCCGCUCACCACCUUGAUCAACAUCAACUCGGAGAGCGGCGACAUCGUCAGCUUGCAGUCGUUCGACUACGAGACGCUGCAGACGCUGGAGUUCCAAGUUCAGGCCACGGACGGCGGCGUCCCUCCGCUCAGCGGCAACGUGAGCGUCAACCUUUUCAUCCUGGACCAGAACGACAACAGUCCCCGCAUUCUGCCGCCCUAUUCCGAGCACGGCUCGGCCAACGGCGAGAGCGUCCCCUACUCCGCCGAAGCGGGAUACUUUGUGGCGAAGAUCAGGGCCGUGGACGCCGACUCGGGUUACAACGCGCUGCUCUCCUACCAGCUGUCGGAGCCCAAAGGCGGCAACGGGCCGCUCUUCCGCAUCGGAAGCGGCAGCGGGGAGAUUCGGACCAGGAGGAGAAUGAGCGAGGAUGACCUGAAAAGUCACCCCUUGGUGGUGUCGGUGUGCGAUCACGGAGAAGCCUCCCUGUCGGCGACGGUGUCCAUUGAUGUGCUGGUGCUUGAAAGCACAGCUGACAUCCGCACUCAGUUCAGACAUGUGCCCAGAAAGGAGGAGAGCUUCUCCCGUUUGCACUUGUAUCUGCUCAUCGCCAUCGCGGCCGUGUCGCUGGUCUUUCUGCUCAGCCUGCUGGCUUUCGUAGCCUUCAAAUGCCGCAGACGGACGGACGGCGGCGCCCCCGUGAUUGCCGCCCACCCCGACGGGAGCUGGUCUUACUCCAAAGCGACGCAGCAGUACGACGUGUGUUUGGGCUCCGACACGCUCAAGAGCGACCUGGUGCUUUUCCCCGCGGCCUUUCCGCCCGCCGAGGCCGAACUGAUCAGCAUUCACGGAGGCGACACCUUUACCAGGACUCAGACUUUGCCAAACAGCGAGAAGGUAGGCUGA